AUGAAUAGCAUUCGUCUAUAUGCUAUUUUGGUAGAUUUCUGUUUGAUAUUUGUAUUUUCUGGUUCAUCUUAUUUACCUGAAUGGUCGUCACUUGAUACAAGACCAUUACCUAGUUGGUAUGAUCAAUCGAAAGUGGGCAUUUUUAUACAUUGGGGUGUAUUCAGUGUUCCAUCGAUUAAUUCUGAAGCAUGGAUGUGGUGGGCAUGGAAAGGAGACAAUCCAAAUCCUGAUACUGUAGCUUUUAUGAAUAAAAAUUAUCCGCCUGAUUGGACAUAUGCAGAUUUUGCUGCACAAUUUCAUGCUGAACUUUAUGAUCCUAAUGAAUGGGCUGAUAUAUUUGCUGCAUCUGGUGCAAAAUAUAUCGUUCUCACAAGCAAGCAUCAUGAAGGUUUUACUUUAUGGCCAUCAAAAUAUUCAUUCAAUUGGAAUGCUAUGGAUGUUGGUCCAAAACGAGAUUUACUUGGUGAUCUAGCUAAUGCUAUUCGCAAUCGAACUGAUCUUGUUUUUGGUCUCUAUCAUUCAAUGUUUGAAUGGUUUCAUCCAUUGUAUUUAGAAGAUAAAAAGAAUGGUUUUCAAACACAAUUGUUUCCGAACAUGAAAACAUUACCUGAAUUGAAAGAAAUCGUUGAAAAUUAUAAACCUUCAGUUAUAUGGUCUGAUGGGGAUUGGGAUAAACAAUUUGUUUAUGCAUGUCUUCUUACUUGGCCAAACAAUACAACUGAAAUUACAUUAGGUGCACCAGUUAAUUCAUCAAGUACAAGUGUAACACUUCUUGGUUCAGAUGUUGGUCCAUUAAAUUGGCGCUCGGCUGGUGCAAGUGGUGGUAUAAUUAUUGAUGUAUCUAAUAUUAAAACCUAUUCACUUGCAAGUGAUUGGGCAUGGAUUUUCAAAUUACAAAAUGUUACUCCAAAAUAG